AUGGGCAUGAUCAACGAGGCGAAACCCUCAGGAACUGAAGCGUUUCCAAUCCCUCCACGUGCGUCCAGCCCUACGUUGAGCGAGGCUGAGUUCGACCUGCACGCUCAACUGGCUUCUUCGUUUGGCAGCAACAGCGAUCCUCGCAUGCUUGCCCAGGAUGGGACGCCCCUUGCAGAACGCAACCCUUCCUGGAGGGGCAUGCGUCAGGCGUCAGCUGGAGACGGGAAGCUUAUUGAUACUACAGGCCAGCCCCGAAGAGAUUUCGCUAAUGCUGUACUGCCUGAUAAUCCUCCUCCGGCUGUCCCGCGUAAAUCCAGCAGGCGGCGAUUGGCAGCCAGGACGACUGUUGAAGUCAACCGUCUACCGCGAGACCAUAUCGCUUCACAGCUGAAGCGAAAGUCCUUUCGCACGAGCAGAACAUUGACACUUAUGAUUCCGCAAUACAAGCGUUCCAGUGUGGACCUGGUGUUUUCUCCGCGAGCUGUUUCUACCAAAACCACCAAACCACCCAUUACGUCUGACGGAGCUGAGAAAGUCAUACUCAACAUCUUCCAACAUCUAGAUCACUUCAACGAUCUUUUCGCCGCAGCCUCCAUCAACCGAGGCUUCUAUCGUGUGUUCAAACGUCAUGAACUCGAUCUCAUCAAAUCUACCUUGCAAAAGAUGUCACCACCAGCCUGGGAGUUUAGAGAGAUCGCCUUUCCUGGACACGAACUUCUACUUGCAGCAGACCUUGAGACGACACGACCUGCAGAGGAGUACACCCCAACUUCAUAUCUCAAGCUCCAGAAGCGAGACAUCCAAGUCAUCCGCACAAUCAAGUUGGAGAUUAUGGAGAAAUGCCAGUCCUUCGUACGACCAGAGAUAUCAGCUGCGCUCAUGAGCGCCUGCCCAGCCGAGUCUGCUAGGGUUGACGAUGCGUUAUGGCGCAUAUGGACAUUCUGUAAGCUAUUUGGCUCGGGAAAAGGACGUGAGGAGGACAUUGUUGCGCAGAUGGACUGGCUCAAUGGUGGUAUGCUUGUCCAUCAGGCGACCUGCACCUUCAGCAUGAUGAGCACAGACCUCAUGAGCGACACAUUGGUCGGUGCACCUGAGUGCUUCGGGCAAGGGAACGAAGGCGGCCUUACCGCCGAGCAACUCUUCGACAUGAUGGAACUAUGGACCUGUCUUUCCGUCCUGCUACAAAACUUCGAAGGGCGCACAGUUCAAGCCCGACAAGCCGGUAUUUACGACAACACCGACAUUCGUGGUGGCGAUAUUGAUGGCGAGGAGAUGAUGCUUGACGAAUGGAUCUACCACCUCCUCACCUUUGGCCUUGAUACUGUUCUCAAGCUCACUGGCCCGUUCCACCCCUCGGAUCCCAAAGCCUUUGUUAUUGCGGCGGAGAACGGAUGGGUCAACUGGAAGCCUCCUGUGCUUGACGGUACACGACAAUACUUCCUCAAAGAAGCAGCCCGACGCGUCUACGAAGACAAGAUUGCGCAUACCUAUGCUAAGAUCUCAAUCCGCGACGUGCAGCGCCAACAGUCCAAGAUACGUAUUCAGAAACACAUUGACGAACUCAAGGAUCGCAAAAGGAAUGGUGAGCAACGACCAAUGGUUCUCAGGGAAAGACCCAUGUCAGACUGGGAUACUGUGAUUCGAAACUUGACACGCCCUCCUCUACCACCACAAGGCCCGGGAAAGGACAUCAUCACUCAUGUUCCGGCACUGAGAUCAUCUUCUGUGGAAGACAUACCGACAUCUAUCGAGGUCGACAUCCAGCAGAACAGCUUCACCACCUCGGCGAACUGUGGCUCAGCCUUUGCUCCCAUCACCGCCCCCCUCCACAGUUCCUAG